AUGGCUGCUCUUUUGUUGUUACCUUUAAUGCUUUCCAUAUUUUUGAUCUCCGCUGUUCCUCAUUCUCUCAAUAAUCUCUCUCAUCAUCAUCAUCAACAACAACAAUUGCUCCUGCAAUUCAAAGCUGCUGUUUCUAAAACCGGCACUUCUCUGCUUGACUGGACUCCCCUUCACCCCUUCUGCAACUGGACUGGUGUUACCUGCCACAACUCUUCUCACUCUGUCCGUGCCAUCGUUAUAAAACGAAUGAAUUUAGACGGCACAAUUUCUUCUGUGCUCGGGAAUCUCUCCUCUCUUCGAUUCCUUGUUCUCUCCCACAAUUCCCUCACUGGUACCAUUCCACCUCAACUCGGCCAACUCCGAAAUCUACGUAUUCUCUCAUUGCUCGACAAUCAACUACAAGGAACCAUUCCGCCCACUCUCUCCGCCUGCCGCGGUUUGCGUUCACUGAAACUCUCCUUUAACCAACUGCAUGGCAGCAUUCCGCCUGAGCUGAGUCUUCUUACAAGUUUGAAGUCCCUCUACUUGGGCAUUAACAGUCUCACGGGUACCUUUCCACCCUCUUUAACAAAUCUCUCAAAAUUGAAUGAAUUAGGUUUAACUGGAUGCCGGUUAAGGGGUCAUAUUCCAUGGGAAAUCGGUACCAAGCUCUCCAAUUUGGUUGUACUUAGGUUAGGUAGAAAUCAGCUUAGUGGAAACAUACCAAACUCCUUGGGAAAUUGUUCCCAUCUCGAUGUACUUUCUUUAAAUGAAAACCAACUCGAUGGAACGGUUUCAAUGGAGUUGGGUAAGUUGAACCUUCUUACCCAGCUUUACCUACACACCAAUCAACUUUUUAGUGACAGAGGUGACAGAUUGGCCUUUCUCAAUGCUCUCACGAAUUGCUCCCACUUGCAAAUAAUAGAUAUGGGAAACAAUCAUUUCACUGGUAUAUUGCCCCCAUCCAUAGGCCAAUUAUCUUCCGAUCUCAGCGACUUUAAUUUAGGUGGCAACAUGAUAAGCGGAAGCAUACCACAACAGAUUGCCAAUCUGACAAACUUAACCUUCUUAGAUCUAGGCAAUAAUAUUUUCAGUGGCAAUAUUCCAUCUGAAAUUAAAACAUUACAUAAGUUGGAAAGAUUGAAUUUGGGUGGGAACAAAUUAGAAGGAAGCAUUCCAAGUGAGAUAGGUCAAAUGCAACAUCUUGGACUCUUAAAUCUUAGUCACAACAGGUUAUCUGGAAAAAUACCAGAUUCUCUUUGUAGCUCCUUGCAGUUAAGACGCCUUUUACUUCAUCACAACAAGUUAUCAGGGAUUAUCCCUGUUAGUUUAGAGGGAUGUCAGAAGCUGGAGCUCCUUGACUUGUCUCACAAUAAAAUAGAGGGAAGGAUACCCCGUGAAGUCAUUGCCAGCCUUAAAGACCUGGCAUUCUAUCUUAAUCUUUCAUGGAAUUCUCUGGAAGGGUCGUUGUCACAGGAGAUGAGUAAAAUUGUAAUGGCUCAAGCCAUAGAUAUAUCUGGAAAUCGACUUACUGGGGUCAUUCCAAAUUCUCUAGGGGACUGCAUAGCAUUAGAGCGCCUAAAUCUCUCCCACAAUGCCUUUCAAGGUCCAAUACCGAAAUCACUCUCCAAGUUAAAAAAUCUCCAAGAAAUGGAUCUUUCAUUCAAUAAUUUGUCAGGGCAGAUUCCAGAAGCAGGAUGUAGCCCAUGCAUGGAAUAUCUACAUCAUGAUUGUCCUCUACAAAUUGUGCACUGUGAUUUAAAAUCUAGCAACGUGCUCUUGGAUGCCAACAUGACAGCUCUUGUCACUGAUUUUGGUAUAUCCCGUUUAAGUACUACAAAUUCCAUAGAUUCACUGAGUACAACAACAUUUGCAGUCAAAGGAUCUAUUGGAUAUAUUGCUCCAGAGUAUGGAUUGAGUGGUAAUGUUUCUAUCAAGGGAGAUGUUUAUAGUUUCGGGAUUCUAAUAUUAGAGAUGGUUACAAGGAAGAGGCCAAGCGAUGACAUGUUUGUGGGAGACAUGAGCUUGCAAAAGUGGGUGAGAUCAGCUUUUCCAAACAGACUGGUAGAAAUUGUUGAUAGCGAGAUGUUGAGAGAUGUGAAUAAAAGCAUGGAGGACAAUAGAUGUCUUAUUUCUUUCAUUCAUGUUGGUUUGCUUUGUAGCAGUGAAUCACCAAGAGAACGACCUUCCAUGAGAGAUGUAGCCAAAGCUUUGGAGAGCCUGAAGAUAUCUUUGAUGGGAUGUGCAGCUGUUUCCAAUUUAACAGCUACCAUAUCAGAACUCCUGAACAAGACCAAUCCCACUGCAGCAAAGGCAUCUGACAAUCAAAGUUCUACAUUUUAG